AUGAAACUACAGGAUAUAUUUCUAGUUAGUUCGCUGAUUUCUGGACUUUCACUCGCUACAGAUUCAUCGUCGGCUACUGGUGAUGGUUACGCUCCAUCAAAGAUCUCUUGUCCUGACGAUGGUACCUCUUUAGUUAGGAACGCAUCUGGUCUAUCUACCGCUGAAACAGAUUGGUUAAGUAAGAGAGAUACUCACACCACGGAAGCUUUACAUUCAUUCUUAAGCAGGGCUACUUCUAACUUUAGUGAUACUUCUUUACUAUCCACUCUUUUCGGUAGUAACUCUUCCAAUGUACCAAAAAUUGGCAUUGCAUGCUCUGGUGGUGGUUACCGUGCUAUGUUAGGUGGUGCGGGUAUGAUUGCUGCUAUGGACAAUCGUACUGAUGGUGCUAACGACCAUGGUCUUGGUGGGUUGCUACAAAGUUCCACGUAUCUAUCUGGCUUAUCAGGUGGAAACUGGUUGACAGGCACUUUGGCAUGGAACAAUUGGACAUCUGUACAAGAAAUUGUAGAUCAUAUGAGCGAAAGCGAUUCCAUCUGGAACAUCACAAAAUCGAUUGUAAACCCAGGUGGUUCUAACAUGACUUAUACUAUUGAAAGAUGGGAGUCUAUUGUUCAAGAAGUGCAGGCCAAAUCCAACGCAGGUUUCAAUAUAUCCCUGUCAGAUUUAUGGGGCCGCGCACUUUCUUACAACUUUUUCCCAAGCAUGCCAAAUGCUGGUUCUGCUUUAACCUGGUCUUCUUUGAGAGAUGUUGAUGUAUUCAAAAACGGUGAAAUGCCCUUACCAAUCACUGUUGCAGAUGGUAGAUACCCAGGCACCACCGUGAUCAACUUGAAUGCCACCCUUUUCGAGUUCACCCCAUUCGAAAUGGGUUCUUGGGAUCCUUCGUUGAAUGCUUUUACGGACGUGAAGUAUUUAGGUACCAAAGUCACAAACGGUAAACCAGUCAACAAGGACCAGUGCGUCUCUGGUUACGAUAAUGCUGGAUUUGUUAUUGCUACCUCCGCAAGUUUAUUUAACGAAUUUUCCUUAGAAGCCACUACUUCAACCUAUUACAAAAUUAUUAACAAUUUUGCCAACCAACACGUCAAUAAUCUAUCCCAAGAUGAUGAUGAUAUUGCCAUUUACGCUCCAAAUCCCUUCAAAGAUACAGAGUUUGUUGACCGUAAUUAUACCUCCAGUAUUGUUGACGCCGAUGAUUUGUUCUUAGUGGAUGGUGGUGAAGAUGGUCAAAAUUUGCCGCUAGUCCCGUUGAUCAAGAAGGAACGUGACUUAGAUGUGGUGUUUGCUUUGGAUAUAUCCGACAAUACUGACGAAUCAUGGCCAAGUGGUGUCUGCAUGACUAAUACUUAUGAGCGUCAAUUUUCUAAGCAAGGUAAAGGGAUGGCUUUUCCAUAUGUUCCAGAUGUGAAUACCUUUCUUAACUUGGGCUUAACCAACAAGCCAACUUUUUUUGGUUGUGACGCAACGAACUUAACAGAUUUGGAAUAUAUUCCACCUUUAGUUGUAUAUAUUCCACACACAAAACAUUCAUUCAAUGGUAAUCAGAGUACUUUGAAGAUGAACUACAAUAUCACCGAACGACUUGGAAUGAUCAGAAAUGGUUUCGAAGCUGCUACAAUGGGUAACCUUACUGAUGACUCUGGAUUUUUAGGUUGUAUCGGUUGUGCUAUUAUUAGGCGUAAACAAGAAAGUUUAAAUGCCACCUUACCCUCCGAGUGUACCAAAUGCUUCACUGAUUACUGUUGGGAUGGUAAGUUAAGUACCUCGACUAAUUCUGAAUUAUCUCGUAACGGUACAUAUCAAAAUGGUGCAAUCGCCUCCGCAAUCUCCGAGGCUACUGAUGGUAUUCCAAUAAUGGCUCUCCUAGGUUCAUCAAGCUCCGUAAAUAGUACAUCCAACUCAACAACAUCCGCUUCAUCAAAUGGUACCUCAAACUUAACUUCUUCAUCAAACACCACUUCAAACUCAAACUCAAACUCUCCAUCUUCUGUUUCUGUCUCUGCAACCUCUUCUUCUUCCUCAACAGGAAGCAAAGCAAAUGCUGCCGCCAUUUCCUAUGCGAACAUUAAUACCUUCAUGAGCUUGUUAGGUGCAAUAACAGCAGUAUUCGGACUGAUUUAG